AUGCUAGGAUUGCGUCGAAACUCUUCGCCGACCACUCACUUUCCUCCUGUCCCUCGUAUACACUCCGGUGAGUCUAAUUUCCGUUUAGGGCUAUAUACGUUUUCUAAUCAAGACUUUACACGUACCGCACACGAAUGGUUCUCUGAAAAAGCGUGUCUUUUUUCCAAAUAAGUUUUUUUGCUUCUUGUAUCUACUCCUAAUUUGUGUUCCAUAAUCGUUUGAACGUGUCACAAAGUUCGUACAGCAACGUACGUGCCGAUUUCAAGAAUGAACAAGCGGUUCCCAUAACAUUUUUCCGCCGCCAAACAGUUUUGAUUGUUUUGGUUUGCGAGAGCGUAGGCAAGGAAUUACUUUUCGCGGACGCGUAUAUAAAAGCACAUUCUCCCUCUUUCUCGUCAUUUCAUCCCGCUGCUCGUUUCCAGGUGACGACCAACACCAUCACGAAGCAACAGCAAGUGGAUCGACGUGUUGCGGAGGAUCUGCGAUGACAGGUGAGGGAGGACGAGAGGAGAGUGUGCAUCUGAAGAACGGGUGUUCAGUGUUUACAGGCGUCAAUGCGGCCAAAUCGACAAACGAGUCGGCAGGAUCGGCGAGUCCGACUGUCUGGCGGAAAACAUCUCAUCCGCCGUUACAUUUCAACAACAACGAAACACGCAACCGGAACCUUCAGAUGCAGUUGAAGAAUCGUGGAACGAAAGACGAUUGGGGAGCAUCGCUGCGAUACGAUAUUGAAGAACCGGUGGGUUUCGGAAUGGUUAAACGUGGGAAUGUUGUUCAUUCGGUUCACACAUAUGAAUUGUUCCGUCGUGGCAUUCACUCAACUAUUGACUAGUAUGUGUGUCCAUUCCGUAGUCGCCUUCAUUUCUCAACCAGCAACACGCGCAUGAAAUAUCUGCCACGUCAUCAGCAUAUCCUGAUUCCGCCUCUCGUUUUCCUUCGUACAUUUUUUCGUAGUCUUACUAUGGUGGCGCUAAGGGAGAGACUAUAGUCAGAACACAUGUGACGCCACUUUCAUUUCCCAAUUCUCUUUUCAGAGCUCCUCCAGCUUCACAGAGUUGCUCCCCGACGUGCCGAUCGUUCGUAAACUAAGCCGUCCGAUUGCCAAAAUAGACGAGAUUGCGGAGACAAGUUCAAUAGCGUCGAAUGUCUCGGACCGAACCGUGCUCUCCCCGCUUGUUCCCAUGUCUAUAUUUGACAAGUUUCUCUGUCUGACAGGCAACUUGAGCGCACUUGUCAGUUGCAUAAUAGCAGAAGCGAAGAAGAAUACGGGAGCAGAAGAGUGAGUUGUGCAUAAUAGAUAUUCGAAAAUACAAAUAUUUACAGCUAUGCUGUCUUCCUGUACGACGAAGAUAACAAGAUGAUGGUUCUUUUCAACAACGAGUCGAUGCUCAUGACCGGAAAGAGAUUCGAUUUGGGCUACGGAAUUGUCGGUCGAGUGGCUCACACGCUACGGACCAUGAACGUUCCGGAUGUGAACAGAUGCCCCUUCUUCCACCCGGAAAUUGACGAACAGUUCGGGAUCAAGGCUCGCAACAUGAUCGUAUUCCCGCUCAUUGACAGCUCAGGUGAGGCCUUCGCUCUCUCGGAUCUUUCUUGUUUUCCGGUUUUCGAUAGUGUCUGCAUGACAAAUGGGUCUCUUCUCUGCCUUUUUUUACUGAACUGAAAAUGAAUUCUGCGGCUGCUCUUUGACACGUUUUUUACGACACCGACAUCAUUGCCGCAUCAACGGCCGCGAGAAAAUAAUGGGAUAAUAAUUUAUGGGAAUGAGAAGAGCGAGGAGAUUGUGUAACAGAAAGAGAGUCGAAAGGAAGCCGCGGUUGAAAUUUCGGAAGCGUUCCAGAGUGUUCUGAUCUCUCAGAAGAGGAUUAUAGCCGAAGGACUUGUUGGAUAUGAUUUGAGAAGUGAAAAGAUGGUUUCGUCUGAUGUAUGAACGCCAAAGGAAUGUAGGAUUUCAUAAUUUUACCCCUCCUGUCCUUUUCAAGGCUAUUUAAAAGUACUGUUCUUUUCGGCAAAGUGCGCAGGUGUUCACUGUUGUUUUUCUAAAAUUUCGAAAGUUUUGCGCCACCACCGGAUGUUGUCUCAUAACAUGAAAACGUGAGAGAAAAGAAGAAAAGAAAGGGAUGUCUCAUCAUUCUUCUCCCCUCCUCUCUCCCCUUUUAUUAAUGAGAAAAUAGGGAACCGAAGCUCAAACCGCCGUUUAUUUCGUUCAAAGACCACAUGUUAUCAUUGUCAGACUCAUUAAUUACUCCUGAAUUCAUUCGAACUAGCGGAAUGAAGUGUGACGUGAAUUCUAAUAAAAGAUACAAAAAGCAGGGAAAGCAAAGGAUACAAUUGCAGGAUCGUUGAUUGGUGUCAUCCUUCUGUACAACAAGCCCAUCGGAUUCUCUCGUCAAGACGAGAAGUAUAUCAAGCGGUUCUCGUAUUUCGUCGCCAACGGCAUCGCCCACGUGAGUUCCCUUUCCAGGCGGAAUACGGUAGAGGAUGAGUUCUUGAUCAUCUGAUUCUUGCGCUCGUUGUUUGAUUCCGCCCUUCUCUUGUUCCUACAAAUCUUGCCGCUGGUCAGAAUUUUUUGUUGUAAACCAUUGUUUGGACACCUGUAGGCUGGUGUCAUGCAGGGAAUAUAGCAUCUUUCCGGUGACAUUGACGACCAUUGACGGUCUAUUUGUAGGCAAUCCUGGCGAAGCAAAUCGAGGAGGUUCGGACUCGGAUCCAUAUGGUCGAAGAGUUCAAGAUUCAGGGAGAAGAUGCGGUGGUGAGAAAUCAUUCUAUGAGCUUCAGCACUAACAGUGUGCGUUUUUCAGAUAGAAGAAGUCGAUAUCAUGCGCCUUGUGAACGAUCCUCUUCGCGAUUGGCGUUACUUCAGCCAGAACUUUGCCGACUUCUCGUUCCCGCCUAGAUCCGUCGGCGAGAACCACUUCCAUCGGGCCUCUAUGAUGUUUUUCGAGGACCUUGGCUUCACGAUGCUCUACAAGCUCAACAAACGGAAGCUCUCUUAUCUCGUACUGCGAGUUUCAGCUGGCUAUCGUCCAGUUCCCUAUCAUAACUGGUCUCAUGCCUUCGCCGUCACUCACUUCUGCUGGCUGACAAUGAGAACAGACGCCGUGAGAAGGGCUCUCAGUGACAUGGAGCGACUUUCGUUGCUCAUCGCGUGUCUUUGCCACGACAUCGAUCACCGAGGGACGACGAACUCGUUCCAAAUGCAGUCUCUUCAGAAGACGCCGCUUUCUGUUUUGUACAGCACUGAGGGAAGUGUGCUCGAAAGACAUCACUUUGCACAGACUGUUAAACUGCUGCAGGUACAGUCAACCCGCUAGAUAAUUCGAUUACCCCUUUUACAGCAAGAAGAAUGCUCCAUAUUGGAGAACCUGCCGGGGGCUGACUUCCGUAUCAUUGUGAACACCAUCCGAGAGGUCAUUCUUGCUACCGAUAUAUCUGCCCAUCUCCGGAAACAGGAACGAAUCCGGACGAUGAUUGACGAGGGAUAUAAUCCGAUGUCUCUCGAUCACCGAUACCUCCUGAUGUCUCUAGUCAUGACUGCUUCCGAUCUUUCCGAUCAGGCAAAGAACUUCCAUAAUGCAAAGCGCAUUGCCGAAAACAUUUACCUGGAAUUCUUCGCUCAAGGAGAUCUCGAGUUGCAGUUGGGUGUGAAACCCCUCGAAAUGAUGGACCGAACGAACGCCUAUGUGCCGACCGUCCAGAUUGAUUUCCUCAAAAAGAUCGGAGUGCCAGUGUUCAAGUAUGUUCUCUUUUCCAGAAUCACAACAGCAAUAACUAUUUUUCAGUCUGCUGGCAAGUGUGAUACCUGAAGGACGCACAACGGCAGAGGCUAUCGAAGCGAAUCAUCUGUGUUGGAUGGCUCUCCACGAAGAAGUGCACAACAAUCCGGCGGCAACGAAUGCUUUAGAAUAUCUGCGUGACGAGAAUCUUGAACGAAGAGUGAGCAAUUCCGGCCUAGGGGUUACUUCGAGCGGAUCGCUUUCAGAUUUACGAUAGAGUUCGCAAGCAGGAUCCGAGAGCCGCUGAAGUUGCGUCGAAACGGUUCGAGCCAGUUUAUGCGAAUGGAACUGUGACACAAAGGCAGGACAUUCUGGACCAUCGAUUCGACGGAUACGAUAAAAAGUAUCAGAUUGGGUGCAACAGUGGAAACCAGAAUAACGGAAAACAGCAGCAGGUGCGGUCACUUCAGAAGGCAAAAGCCAUGGUAAUCAAUCGAUUUCCUUGUUCAUGAAAACUAUUAUAUUCAUUACAGGCGGCCGAAGACGUUGUGCUGCUGAAACCAAUGGACAACGGAGUUCCGAAUUCAUCCCGUCGUGGAUCGCGCACUCCCCGCCGUCUGUGGAGACGCGCGCGGCAGCUGAUUUCUGCAAUGUCUUCCUCGUGUGCUUCGUGCUCUCCUCUUCCCUCAAGACGACAGAUCAGUGAAGAUUCCGAAUCUUCUUGA